UGUGAGGUCAAAAACGCGCUCUCCGCCCGUUCUGAGGGGCUGCUGUAGUAAUGGAGGGGGUCACAGUCGGCCAGGUAUUUGAUGCGGAAUGCAUCCUCAGCAAACGGCCCAGAAAGGGAAAGUUCGAGUAUCUGGUCAAGUGGAGAGGGUGGUCGUCUAAGCACAACAGCUGGGAGCCUGAAGAAAACAUUUUGGAUCCGAGGUUACUGGCUGCGUUUCACAAAAGAGAACAAGAGAGGGAGCUUCUGUUCCAGAAAAAAGGAAAGAGGCCUCGAGGACGGCCGCGGAAGAUUCAGCCGCCGGCGCCGGCUGCAACUAAAGACAGUCGCUCCUCGUCCUCCUCGUCCUCCGGCCUCACAUCAUCUGCCUCCUCCUCGUCCUCAGAGGAGGAUGAUGAAGAAGAUCACACGAAGAAGGCGAAGGCGGCGCCCCGCAUCCACCCGGUCCCCCAGAAGAGGCCUCAGAUCCUGCUCGCCAAACCCGAGCCUCCGCGCAAGCGUGGGAGGAAGCCGCUGCCCCCCGACCUGAGGGCGCUGAGACAAGCCAAGAGCAGACCGUCUCCCCCUCCCCCUCCUCCCCCUCCCCCGCCACCCCCACGCCACCACCAGGUCCUCAGACCGUCCAGGGAGGAGACUCGCCCCGGGGUGAAGAAGCCUCUGCAGCCGGCCAGCUUCACGUACACCGGGCUGAGCCGGAGCUCCAGAGAGGAGGCCGCCGCCGCCGCAGCCUCUCAGACCUCCUCCAGCUCCUUCUCUCAGACCGCCGCCUCCAAAUCUGGAUCGUUGAGCAGCAUGUGGACGAGCCGCUCGAUGUCCCCGUCCUCCUCCUAUAAGACCAGCUCGUCUUCUCACAGCAAGAACUCGCUGUCCGAGCUGAAGCGCUCGCACUCGGACACGUCGGGCGGCAGAGAUGGCUUCAAAGCGUCCUCGCUGAAACAGGGAGGAGGAGGAGCGAUGAUGCACGGCGGCUUCGGUCAGACGGCGGCGCGCUCCUCUCUGAGUCAGAGGAGGCAGGAGGGUGGCGGAGGUCCGACGGCGUCGCUUCAACACAAACAGCAGAACUCUAGCCAGUCCAAAAUGGCGUCCUCGCUGACGCCUCGAGACCGAGCGAGUCAGGCGCUCAACCUGCGAGCGCUCAACCUGCAGAGCGUCGGCAAGACGGUGGCCGGAAGCAACGCGGCUGUGGCGUCCAGGACGAGCCUACGGAGCGGCGGCGUGAUGGUCAAAGCGGGCGGUUUGAAAGACACUCGAGCGGCGUCCGUGCAGCGCUCCAGUGUGCCAGCGGGCGGAGCCUCAGAGCAGGGCAGGACGAGGGAGGAGCGGAGGAGGGAGACGUCAGCGGAGGGUAAGAAGCUGGCGGGGAGCAGCGGCGGGCGACACGAGGAGCGGAAACACAACGUGCAGACGCGCAGCCUGAACGAACUCAGCACCGGGGACUCAGACGAGACCAGCAGCAGCGAAUCAGAGCACGGCGCCGAUCUGUUCCCAAACAACAGCCGGCCGAGCUUCGGCGACGACGCCACAGAGUCGGACACGGAGACGGACUGGCGGCCGGCCCACAGCCUCCUGGAGCAAGUGUUCGUCACGGACGUCACCGCCAACUUCAUCACGGUGACGGUGAAGGAGUCGCCGACCAGCGUCGGAUUCUUUAACUCCAGGAAUCACUGAACGCCGUCGGAGACGAACAAUCAGAAACAAACUCUUCUUCAGCUCUCAGGGUUCCUACAGCGCUCACUCCCAGCUCGCCACAGAAACACGCUCCAAAUGUUCUGGAACUUUUUUUUAGAGUCCAAACAGACGAACGGCGUUCCUGAGGUUUCAGCCAAUCAGAGACGCAGCAGAGGGAUCGGAAGUUUGUUGAUCCGGUAUUUUGUCAAAACCACGUAGGAACCCUGAUGUUUAGACCCCGUUUACGCCUGACGUGUUCACGUUUUCACAAACGCACUCCUUCAGGAGGACGCCGAAAUCCUCCGAGGCAAGUCUACGUCUCGUGCAGACGGUCUACGUCUCGUGCAGACGGUCUACGUCGCGUGCAGACGGUCUACGUCGCGUGCAGACGGUCUACGUCGCGUGCAGACGGUCUACGUCUCGUGCAGACGGUCUACGUCUCGUGCAGACGGUCUACGUCGCGUGCAGACGGUCUACGUCGCGUGCAGACGGUCUACGUCUCGUGCAGACGGUCUACGUCGCGUGCAGACGGUCUACGUCGCGUGCAGACGGUCUACGUCGCGUGCAGACGGUCUACGUCGCGUGCAGACGGUCUACGUCGCGUGCAGACGGUCUAUGUUCGUCACCAAAUUCCCUUAACUUCAGUUUUGUUCGUCGAUGGUUAACCCGCCCGCCCUCUGAUGUCAGGAUAUCCGGCGUGUUCGUGGUCGUAUUAAAAGGCGUAAACGGGGUCUAAACUCACGGAUGGAUGUUCGACGCCGCCUCUCCAGUGCCUCAGGUUCCUCUCAGAGACUUUCGAGCUCACUGCCUCCGUUCAGCCGUCCGUGACGCUUCGUUUGAGUCGUACAUUCUCGUUCUUUCUUUUGGACCUUUUUUUCCAAACUGAAUCUGCGGCGUUCUGCGGGACGCCAUGUUUUAUAAAAAAACAAGAACUACUCAUCAAGCGACUGAAAUGUUUCUCUUUGGACCAAAGUUUGAUGAAUGUGAACGAUCUGCACUACACACAGCUUCAUCUCGUCACAGCUUUUAUAACAUGUAAUACUCGUCUGUCUCGGUGUCUUUUGGCGGUGAAAUAUUUGUUAAUUUAUAUUUGUAAAUAUGUUUUUUUUUUCUCUGUGAUAAAUAUCUGGUGCUCAUGUUUGGCCGACUAGCUUCAGAUCGUGUAGCCCGUGUGCCUCUCUGACAUUUUCAAAAUAUCUGAAAUAAAACCAGAAUAAAUAUCUAAUCAAUCA